AUGGUGAUAAGAGACAUUAUUUCUAAAUUAAAUAUUGACAUUAACAGUAAGAAUCCAAGUGGGAUGGCUCAUUUGCAUAUUUAUUCAGAGAAGAAUAACAUACUUCUUGGAGCACAAAUGUUACUUGGAGGAGCGGACGUAAACGUAAAAACAGUAGGAAAUUAUUGUCCAGGAAGAACACCUCUGCAUAUUAGUGCAUUAUACGGUCACAAAGAUUUUGUUAAACUUCUGGUGGAAUAUAAAGCAAACGUCAAUGCACAGGAUGAUGGACAAAGAACAGCUUUACAUGUGUGUGUUAGACGUGAAUACAAUAUGGAAAUUAUAGAUAUUCUGUUGGCUGCAAACGCUGAUGUAAAUAUCCGUGACAAUAACGGUUGGACAGCUUUAUACAUGUGCGCUAUAUACGGACUAGAAGAUCUAGCUCAAAUUCUAUUGGAUGUAGGAGCUGAUGUAAAUCAGGCUGACUCUAGAGGCAUGACAGCUUUACAUACUGCUGAAAGUGAGAAACUCGUGAAGCUGCUUUUAGAAAGAGGUGCGGCUAUUAAUAGCAUCGACCAUUUGGGAAAAACAGCUUUACAUUACGCAGCGGAGCGGGGUAAUAAAGAAAAAGUCGCUAUUUUGCUUAAAGCUGGAGCCUCAGCAAACAUCAGAGACAAAGAUGGUCAAACAGCAUUAUUACUUUAUGCUGCAAAAUCCUGGAAUGGGGAAACAGUUUUAGAAUUAAUGCAAUUUACAGCUUGUGUUGAUGCUAAAGACAUAAAGAACCGUACAGCUUUACAUUACAUCUGUCAGAGAAGUCAAACGCCAUUCCAACUUAGCCAAAGUCAUAAGAUGGUUGACGUCAUACGAGCGCUGAUCCAAAAUGGCGCUAGUCUUGACAUUGAAGAUAUUUACGGUCAAACAGCCUUGGAUGUGGCCACUAUGUAUUCAAAUGAUGAAGCUGUUGCUGUUCUAAGAGAACACGGUGCGAAGUCAUCAAAAGAAAAUACAGAGAAAAUAAACGCGCUUUUGGACUGUUCAAAAAGUGAAACGAAGUUUGAAUCAAUGAUAGCUGACACCACGACACAAGCUGUGAGAGUAGGUACUGAAAAAAAUACAGAUACAGCAGUAACAUCUUGUACCACAGCACUAGCUUUAGCUGUUGAUACUUCAACAGCUACAGACACAACGCAAAUAGUAGGCACUACAAUUACACCAAUUGUUAGCACUAACCCUAAAAAGUUAUUUACCACCGCUGAAACCACAUCAACAAACGCAACCAAAGCUACGCAAAUAAAACCAAUGUCAACGAAUAAAAUUUCCAAAUGCUACUGGACGCAGACAAAGCAUUUAACGUUAGAGGACAAUUCUCAGACUUUCACGGAAUAUAAUACUGUAACGACAUAUAUAAAACCGACAGCCGGUAAUUCUACAUUAGUUGCAAGUGAUAAAAUCUCCCCAAAUAUUAAUACUGCACCGCCUACACUUACAAAUGCUUGUACCAUUUCGCCAGUUUCAAGUGUUCUAACUACCGCGAGUAAUAAUACUGCACCAUCUGUGGAUACAACUCCUUCUACAAAUACUCCAAAUGCAAGAGAUGAUACUACCCCAAGUAAUGAUACUGCACCAUCUAUGAAUACAACACCAACAGCCUCUUCUACUACACCAGAUGCAAGUGUUGAAACUACCAAAAAUACUGACAUUGCACCAACUGUAAAAACACAAGAAGAGAUUAAUGUCAAUAGUGUGGACAUAUUGGAGGAGAGCUACAUCGAGAAUGUUGAAGAUACCAAACGAACACAAACAAAAUCUGUGACUCAAUUAGAUGACUAUUUUCCAUUACUUGAUGGUACUAAUGUCAUUGAGAAAGAAAUGGCGAAAAUGUCCGAAAAAGACAAAGCAAGAAAUAGCGGAAUGACGGUUAUGAAAGUGAGUUUCCAUUACAAUCCAAUGAUAAUACAUCAUUGCAACGAGUUAAAUGUGGAGAACGUAAAGUACCUCGCCAUGGACAGCAAUCAAAACAUCUUCAUUGGCAAGUCUAGAGGAGCUUGUGACAGAGCAGCUAUAGACUCUUCUGCCGUUACGUGA